GUGAAACAGGUCAGAUUGAAGUUGAUUUGAUGGUAGCAGACACGCAUUCACCGCACUACAACACCGAUCGCGGUACGCUUUGGACGGAUCAGCCACUACGGACCAUCAGUCUUGGUGGUCAAGUCCGGCCCCUGCAUCAUUUACAAGCCUGGUACAAUCGUGGUGUUUUGCACGUCACGCCUGUCGACAAAUUUGUCCAGCUACGACCCAAGCUAGGCCAUAUCGACCAGCGCGACAAGGAAGAAAGAGAAUCCAAGCGGCAAGAUGCCAUGGCAGACAAAACAGGUCGUGCCGCGAAGGCCGUCCAGAUCUCUGCGAGGUCCACAGAUGCAGCCGUUGCUGAUUUGGCAACAACGAGUACAUUGCUGCGGCUUGUCGAGGAGGAAGCAUGGACGCCGUUAGGGUGGCGUGCCGAAAAUGAGUCUGAUUCCUGGCAUUAUGCAGAAUCACUGAUGACUGAGAAGAAGCAGCUCUGCAAGAGUCUGACGAAUGAAGAGCAGUAUCUGGAGUUGCUGUCGACGGUGCGCGUGGAUGGACGCGAGCCCAAGGUCAAUGUCGUCAAGAUUGAUGGCUGAGGAGGUCAGAGCAUUUGCAUCCAUUUUGACCUCAC